AUUAUAAUCCACAACAUUUUAUUGUAUGUGUAUGGGUUUAUUCUGUGUUUCAAUUUUUCGAUAUUCAGUUAUCAGUCAUUUAUGCAAGCAGGAGGAAAUUUGUGAAAAUAAGUUAACCUGGAAAGACGAAACGUACUGUUGAACUAUGGAUUCAGUUAACGAUAACAAUCCACGAGUAACAUUGAAAGAAAUGAAAAUAAUAAAGAAUGUUUCGAAGGCUCCUUCAGUUCUGACUGAACAAUUCGAUAUAAAAAACUUCAGAAAGAGGUUCAACAUAGUUAUUGUUCGUAAUGAAAACUACGAAAUGGAGUUUGAUCUGGUCGGAAUCCAUACAUCUUUUGUCAAUGCCAUUCGAAGACUAAUAUUAAGCGAUGUACCUUCUAUGGCCAUUGAUAGGGUACAAAUUCUCAACAAUACAUCAGUAAUGCAGGAUGAAGUGUUGUCACAUAGAUUAGGACUGAUACCAUUGAAGGCCGAUCCUCGGAUAUUUGAUUGCCUAACAGAUGAUUCCUCUGAGCACAAUGAAAACAAUUCUCUCGAAUUUGAGCUGAAAAUGAAAUGCACUUGGAAUAAGGAAACAAACAAAAAAGACUCUUCAAGGGCUGAAGAUAUGUACAAAAAUGACAUUGUUUACUCGAAACACAUCAAAUGGAUUCCAAAUGGAAACCAAAAAGAUAAAUUGAAAGAAUCAGAUGUAGGUCCUAUGUACUCCGACAUCCUUAUUAACAAACUCCGUCCUAAUCAAGAACUGGAUUUGAAAUUGACAGCAGUCAAAGGUUGUGGCAGAACUCAUGCCAAGUUUUCACCAGUUGCUUCCGCAUUUUAUAGAAACCUCCCCGAAAUCAAAUUAGUGCGAGAAGUAGAAGGAGAGGCAGCGUACCAGCUACAGAAAUGUUUUUCGCCAGGUGUUAUAUCUAUAAGACAAGAAGGCAAUGGAAGAAAAGUUGCCGUAGUUAACAGUACUAGGUAUGCCACCGGUAGUAGGAAUGUUUAUCGGUAUAAGGACCUUAAAGAUUCAGUAGAGAUGACCAGAGUUCGAGACUACUUUAUUUUUACCAUAGAAUCAGUUGGAGCCAUGCAACCAGCGGAUAUUUUCAAGGAAGCAGUCAUGAUCCUUAGGAAUAAGUGUACUGAUUUAUUAGAUGAGCUGAAUUCCUCUUAUUGAUUCUUUAAAUUUUUUCAAUAAAAAUAUUUAUUACCUCA